GCCCCGCAGAGGAGAGAGCAGUGAAGUGUGAUCUCUGAGCUAAUAAUGGUGCGUUCAAAAUAACUGGGACCUCGAAAAAAAUACGAGGAUAUAUCAUGACAUCUGUGAUCUUCAGGUCGGAAAGUGGGAGCUCUAGGAAGAGGCCCGAGUCCACAUGUGAAUUUAGAGUUGGAUUACCGUUCAAAAUAUGUUUUCCAGUCGGAGUUCGUUUUUUUCCAAGUUCAGUUGUCUUGAACAAACUGAUGUUGGAAGUAGGACACUACCGAGUUGAUUUGAACGCGGCAUAAGAACGGCUUCGCUGUAUCUCUUUAAUGUCAUCAUCUCUUUGGGGCAAGCUAUGGACACUGAAAAGAGCUCAAAUAUGGUGAAGGAGUUUGAGAGUGUGGAGCUGGGAGACAUGCGGAUGAAAAAGCAGAAGGUGCCCCGUAGAACGAUUUACUUUGCCAGUGGCGAGACCAUGGAGGAAUACAGCACAGAUGAAGAUGAGGAAGUGCAAGUUUCUAUCGCUGUUAAGACCUCAGCUGACCCGUCCAAGUUGAAUUGGGGUCCAUACUUUUGGUUUUACAUGUGGAGAGUGGCAACCUCUACUAUUUCAGUUUGUGACUAUCUUGGGGAGAGAAUGGCCUCAUUGUUCGGAAUUACCUCACCCAAGUACCAGUAUGCUAUUGACGAGUACUACAGAAUGAAAAAGGAGGAGGAUGAGGAGGAGGAGGAGAACCGGCUGUCUGAGGAGGCAGAACGUCAUUUUGAAGAAGAGCACAACCAGGAGAUCCAGCAGCCAGCCAUGGAGCAGCCGGAGGGCAAAGCCUCCUUUGUCAACGUCAGCUUCGAGCUGGAUCAAGAUCCCACACCUGAUGCCAAUCGAUGUCCUGCCCCCAUCCCCACCUAACAGUUCAAUUAAAUAGGUGUUUCCAUUUCUCAUUUCACGAUGUAGCCUCCUCAGCCUUUUUUUGUUGCUAUAGCAUAGAAUUCUUAUUUUUAUCAUAUUGAUUUGAUGUAUCCUCAAAAAAAAAAAUCUAUAAGUGUAGUUUUCUUAUCUUUGCCUAAAUGAUCAUGUUCUAUGUAAGUCACAGAUUUAAAAAAAAUAUAUAUUUUUUUUUUGUUGUUGCUGCGUUGUAAAUAUACAUUAACUUUUGUGUGCAAUGAACAUUGCUGUGCUGUGUGUCAGUGACAAUGAAUGAGCACACGGAUGAUAUCUGAUGCUGGUUAGCUAUUUCCAGGUUUAAGAAAUUUAUUUUUUCAGGUACAUAAUAACAUUGUUAUACAGUAAGUUAUUUUCAGCAAGAUAAGUUACCUUUUUCUAAAACCAUUCCAGAUGUGCAAUGUUAUGGAAUAGUACAGAUUUAUUUGAAUGGAAAAUUAUUUAUAUUCAUGGCCAACCAUGAAAAUCUAUUUUCAUUUCAGAAUGCCCACAAACAUGUUACUGUUAGAAUAUGUCCCCAGGCCUUUAAUGUAAUAACUUCACACGUUGCUCAUUGGCAUCUGUGCAAAGACUUUAGACAUUACUGUUGUCCAGGGCUAUAUAUUUAGAAAUACAGUGAGCUCCAAAGGUAUUGGGACAGUGACCAUUUGUUGUUUUGGCUCUACUCCAGCACUUUGAAUUUUAAAUGAUACAAUGACUGACUUUUUGUACAUGGUCCCCUAAAAUGGGGGAACUAAAAGUACUGGAACAAAUUCAAUGUAUUUGGUCUGAUAUAACACAAAUUGGGCACAAAAUAAUCUGAAACACACACAAAACACCAAAUGACUCCAACGAGUUUGUAGAGUCAUACGCUUGAUGUAAUCAUUGUGUGCUAAGAAUAUGGGACAAAAUAAACUUUUGACAACUUGGAUACACAGGUGAAUUUGUCACAAUACUUUUGAGCCCCUAAAAUGGGGGGGGGGGGGGACCAUCUACAAAAAGUGCUGUCAUUUCUAAACUGGUCAUAUGGAUGAAAAUACCUUCAAAUUAAAGCUGACAGUCUGCAUCAAAAGUCCUGGAGUACAUAGCCAAAACCAAAACGUGUCACUGUCCCAAUACUUUUGGAGCUCACUAUCUCUGCUAUUGUCCCUUCUCAGUGUACAGGGCUUGAGAGGGAUGCCUAAGGUAAAGCCAAACAUGUUCAAAUUGGCUACUCUCUUUAGGAACGCAGUAUUGUCAAGAUAACAACUUUUUACCGUGUGUAAAAUUGCCCAAAGAGUUUGAAAUGCCAAGAGACACUUUAUUAAGACAGAUGCUAAACUAUUUAUUUUCCCACUCUACUGUACUAUGUACACACAAGGAAAGAAAAUCUUAAGAGUCCAACAUAAUUUGUUUUUCAGUUUCUAAUUUAUUAAUGGAAACCGGUUUAAUUUGAAAACUUUUUAUAAUAAUUUGAGUAAAAUAUAGUAUUUUCUUUUUCUAUAUGAACUGUACAUUAAACAUUUAACUGUCUUGCCAAGUC